GGACAGAACUUGCGAAUCGCCGCGAGCCCCAGUUCAAACCCGCUGUGGGACGGCGCGCGCCCGACUCGCCGCGAGACUGAAUGAGAGGAACGGACUGAAAAGAGAAGUUUAAAGAGAGGCGCGAUCCAGUUCGCACUUCGAGUCGACGGAAAGCUCCGGUUUUAGCCGAGGAGAGACGAAGUUCCCAGCGGACCGGGCUUGUUGUCAUCGUUUCUAAUCGUCAGUAAACCGUUGAUGAUCCUCCGUCGGGGUCGGGAUACAGACUGCGGUGCUGAGGUUUGGCGGUGUGGCUGAGCGGUCAGUGAGCGGAGGGUGAGGUGAGACAGCAUCGCCGGCAGUAGCAGACGGUGGGACAGUCGACCUCUCUCAGCAGGGGGUGCUGACCUCACACAGGUCCUGACCUACUUGUCUAUUACACACUGCACUGAGUGGAAGGCGAGAGCAGCUUCUUACUCAGGUGAAGUGUAGAACAGUACAGGUGCUGAUAUGAGCAGAGAGGUGGUGACGACCCCUCCUCCGCCCAGCGCGGGUCAGAAGGAGAGGUACUUCGACCGAAUCAACGAGAACGACCCGGAGUACCAGCGCAGCCGCAACAUGUCGCCCGACCUGCGCCAGGACUUCCACAUGAUGGAGCAGAAGAAGAGAGUUACACAGAUACUCCAGAGCCCUGCGUUUAAGGACGAGUUGGAGGGUCUGAUCCAAGAGCAGAUGAAUAAGGGCAACGACCCAGCCGGCCUCCUCGCCCUGCGCCAGAUCGCAGACUUCUUCAUGACCAGCUCCGUCGCCGGCUUCUCCACCUCCCCCCUCAGUCUGGGCAUGGUGACCCCCAUCAACGACCUGUUCGGCGCCGAGUCCGGCAACAUGGUGAAGGGCGAGAAGCAGACGCGCUGCAAGCUGGCCAGCCUGUAUCGGGUAGUGGACCUGUUCAGCUGGGCUCACUUCACCAGCUCCUACAUCACUGUCCGGGUCAGUAAGGAACAAGACCACAUUCUCAUCAUCCCCAGAGGACUGUCCUUCGCUGAGGCCUCUGCUUCCAAUCUGGUGAAGGUGAACAUUCUGGGUGAUGUGGUGGAUCAGGGGUCCACUAACCUGCGGAUCGAUCCGGCCGGGUUCAGCCCUCACGCUGCCAUCUACUCCAUGAGGCCAGACGUGCGCUGCAUCAUCCACAUACACACCCCCGCUGCAGCAGCCGUUUCGUCUAUGAAGUGUGGUCUGCUGCCCAUCUCUCAGGAGUCCCUGAUUCUGGGGGAUGUCGCCUACUUAAACUACCAGGGCAGCCUGGACGAACAUGAGGAGAGAGUGGAGCUCCAGAAAGCGCUCGGCCCUUCAGCUAAGGUGCUGGUUCUGAGGAACCACGGUGUGGUGGCUUUGGGGGAGACCAUUGAAGAGGCCUUCCACUACAUUUAUACUGCCCAGCUUGCCUGCGAGAUCCAGGUGAAUGCGUUCUCCUGUGCUGGUGGAGUGGAGAACCUGAUUGUGUUGGAUUUAGAGAAGUAUAAGUCCCGGACGCAGGGCGUGGCUGAGGUCGGCGUCAACAUGGGCUCCCAGCACAAGUGGAAAAUUGGAGAACUGGAGUUCGAGUCCCUCAUGAGGAUGCUGGACAACCUGGGUUACCGGACGGGCUACGCUUAUCGGCACCCGAUCGUGCGGGACAAGCCGAGGCACAAGAGCGAGGUGGAGAUUCCGGCCACGGUGACGGCUUUUUCGUUCGACGAGGACGAGGUACCGCGCCUCCCCUUCAGGCUUCUGCAGCAGCGGCAGCAGAGGGAGAAAACCCGCUGGCUCAACUCCCCCAACUGCUACACCAAGGUCAACGUGGCUGACAGGAGCAGUGAGGAGAGCGCACGCGUCAGGACCAUGUGGAUGAAGUCUGAAGACGGCAGCUCCAGCAGUGGCACCCCGAUUCGCAUCGAAGACCCCAACCAGUUUGUCCCUCUCAACACGAACCCCAGUGAGGUUCUUGAGAAGAGAAAUAAAAUCCGAGAGCAGAACCGCUAUGACAUGAUGUCUGCUGGACCGCAGUCUCAAAAGCUGGCUGGCAUUGUCGUGGAGAGACCGCCGGAGCCGUCCUCUGCAAAGCCAUACACAGGUGGAGAUGAGGAUCAGGCAGAGCCUCUCCCGCCCAACCCCUUCAGCGAGCUGACCGAGAGGGAGCUGGAGGACUACAAAAAACGAGUGGAGGGCCAGCAGCUGGGACUUGAUGAGGAAGAGCAGGAUCAGCUAACGUCUGACGAUGCUUCCACGCUCUCCCAGUCUGUGUCUCAAACUCAGUCACCACAAAACACACCUGCUAAAGAAGAGAACCACACGAACAUCCUUCUGAACGGCAAAGAUGACCACGGCGAGGAGGAGGAGCUGAGCAAGCGCAUGAGUCAGCUGACCACCAGCGUGGAGAGCGUGGAGAUCACGGUGCGCUCAGGGGAGAAGAUCGAGGAGGCCCUGUCGCCCGAAAGCUCGCCCUCCAAAUCGCCCAACAAGAAGAAGAAGAAGUUCCGAACCCCGUCGUUCCUGAAGAAGAAUAAAAAGAAAGAGAAAGUGGAAGCUUAAGAAGGUUGUCGGGGAGGGAAGAGCACCCACAACCUGUCUGUCUGUCUGUCCGUCUGUCUGUCUACCUGUCUGUCUGUUUACCCUUUUGUUUUUAAGUUUUGUUUUUAUGAUGUCCUUUUUUUGGAUUUUAUUUGAAUUUUUAACAAAUCGUUAUUUGAAAAAAAAAGAUUUUGGCACAUGUUUUGGGAAGGGAAGCGGACAGGGCAGGCGUGAGAUACUGCACACGCGUUUCUUUUGCUAGAGGCGUGUCACGUUUCGGAAUAUGUGAAAUGAAAUGUGGGCUUAAAACAGGGAGAAUUAGUCCUGGGAAACUGGCUCUUCCUUGAAUCCAUCUCAGCUUUGGUAGACUGAACACACACACACACACACACACACAUAUAUAUACAUACACAUAUACAUGGAAACAGACCAGUAAACAUCUGGUGGACACCAUCUCUGGGCAGGUACUGCAGAAGUCCUGUUAAACUUGUUUUUGUUUGUUUUUUCCUUCUUUCUCCUCCCACCUUCCUCCUGUUAGCAUAUCAAGCCUUUUUUAGCCCCUCAAAUAGCCGCCAUGCUCUUUGUUUCUGCCUCUCCUGUUGAGUUUACCCAGUUUAAACCACACAACAGAGACACAAGACACACUGGACACUUGUUUUGGGAUUUUUCUACAGGGUUUUUUUCCCCCCUUUCUUUUAAACAGUUUUAUUUGAAUCAGUCUCUGUUUCUCUAGUGAUGAGCAGCAGUGCCGUCUGGGCUACAGGCGUCCGUCUGCACUGACUAGUCUGAUAAUCCUGUGUAGAAUCUCUAUUGAACUGCUCUUGCCAAACAACACAGAAGGUUAACACCGAAAAGCAAUCACGUUUUAGUGAAGUGUAAUUUCAUUCUUUUACCUUUAGACAUCAGCUCAUCUCUAGAAACCAAUUUUUUUUCAUUUCUUUUUUUGAGAAACACAAAAUUUGGUAUUUGUCUGCUCAGUUUUGUACUCAUUUCUACACUUUUACAGCGAAUACAAAUGUUUAAGCAUGUUUUUGUUAAUUUUUUUUUUUGCUAGAGUCUACGUUUCUACAGCUGAUAAUGUAGUGAUGCUUGAUUUCUCAGCUAUAUUAUAACUCUGAUUACUAAACACACAAAUAUAUUAAAAAAAACUGGAUGAGUGAUGACAUAAUGAUAUUUUAUUUUUGUGCUGCACUUUUAUUGUAGUGUAUGUAUGUAUAUAUAUAAAUAUAUAAAUGCAUAUAGAUGAUUUCAGCUUUUGAAGGCGUCUGGGAGAUUGCAGAAAGUUGGAGGCAGGUGGAUUUCUGGAGCAGGUCGUGGUAGGGACAGAGACGAGGAAGGCAAGUGCAGUGGGAUUAUGGUUCAUCUGUGUUAUGCUAAAGGAUAUGCUAUAUAUAUUUGUAGCUUUUAUUACAGUUAAAAAAGAAUCCUAAUUCCCAGAGCAAGGAAAUAUCACUAGUGAAAUCCAAGCCAGCAUGGCAGUUUUGUUUGUUUUUAAAGGCAUGUUUGAAAGCCAUAUAUUUCUCGAUAUAGCAAGACAAAGGUCGUUUAACUCCUGUUGUUUUUAAACUAGUCCUAGGAUAACCCGGGAAAGGUUUUAUUCCAUUGGAAUGGCAUGGGUUAUUCAAGGACUAGUUUGAAAAACCCUGGGUUAACUAGACGCCUGCAUGGUUGGCCUGUGCCCUGAGAGUGCUCUACCAAUCAGAAGGACUAUUAUGACACUCUUAAGUCGACCUUAUGACAGCCGUAUGUCACGUCGCCCAACGAUGGGCUCCCAGCUGUGUUCCUGUGGCAUUAGUGUUGGUCACCUAAGGUCAGCUCUCACUCUUCCGGAGAAGACGAAACGAGUGAAAAGGGACUGAUUUGUACUCGUGUUGUUUUAAGCUGAAAGCCAAAUGAUCAUGAAGACGCAAGAUGUAGUUCAGAAAGUCCCUGAGCCUCAAGGCAGCUUUCUUAAAAUAAAAAUUAAAAAAAAAAAAAUUACUAAACUCCCUAAACUAACGUCUGGAUAGUGUCAGGAUUAUAUACUUCAGAUUGAACCCUGCUGAAGCAGUAGUCUACGUUUCCACAGGUGUCUCAGAGUUUGAGACAUUCAAUCCCAGCGAGCAAUGUGAAACAGAGACGUGGAGAGAGGGAUGUUUGUUUUUGUUUUGUUUUUUUGUUUUUUUCCUGCCCAUGACGAGCCUCGCCUCGCCUCGCCUCCUGAGCUAGUAGUUCAUACUCCCAAACAGUUUGGUUCUAGAAUGCUUCACUGAAGACACGCCUCACCUCCUGCGCUAGGAUUGGCUAGUAGUUUUGUACGUUCAAGCAGUCCGCUAUUCUAGAAAGCUUUAAUCAAGACAAGCCCCGCCUCCUACGCUUGUCCAGUAGUUUAUUCACUCAAGCAGUCCACUAUCCUCGAAUGCUUCUGUUGAGACAAGCCCGUCCUCAUGUGCUAGGACUCGUUAGUAGUUCACACUCCCGAACUCUGCGGUUCUAGAAUGCUUAGUUGAAGACAAGCUCCACCUCCUGUGCUAGGAUAGGUUAGUAGUUUUGUACACUCAAGCAGUCUGCUAUUCUAGAAGGCUUUAAUCAGGACAAGCCCCGCCUCCUGCACUAGGAUUGGCCUGUCGUUCAAAUCUCCGAGCAGUCUGCGAUUCCAGAAUGCUUCAUUCAAGACAAGCCCCACCUCCUACGCUACCAAACAAUCUAUUUUAGAAUACUUUCAGAGAAGCCCCGCCCCCUGCUGCAAUUGAGACAGGCCCCGCCUCCGGUGCUAGGAUUAGCUUAGUAGUUCACACUGUCAGUUCAAGACAAGCCCAGCCUGCUAGUAGUUUUGUAUGCUCAAACAGUUUGCUAGUGUAGAGUGUUUCACUCGAAACAAGCCCCGCCUCCUAGGCUUUUCUAGCAUGCUCUGAGUCAAGUCCCUCUUCGGGCACCAGGAUUGGCUAGUAUCUCAUACCCUUGAACUCUCUGAUAUUCUAGAAUGCUUAAAUGAAUACAAGCCCGCCUCCUGCACCAGGAUUGGUUUGUAACUCUUGAACUGGCCGAUAUUCUAGAAUGCUUCAGUCCCACCUACUGUGCUAGGAUUGGCUAGUAGCUCAUACUAUUGAACUGUCCACCUUUCUGGAAUACUUGAGACAAGCCCGCCUCCUGCACUAGGAUUGGCUAGUAUCUCAUACUCUUGAACUGGCCGAUAUUCUAGAAUGCUUCAGUCAAGACAAAUCCCACCUGCUGUGCUAGGAUUGGCUAGUAGCUCAUACUAUUGAACUUUCCACCAUUCUAGAAUGCUUUAGUCAAGACAAGCCCCGCCUCCUCUGCUAGGAUUGGCUAGUAUCUCAUACUCUUGAGCUAUUCACCGUUCUUGGAACAUUUAAGUGAAGACAGGCUCCGCCUCCUGCACUAGGAUUGGCUAGUAGCUUAAACUCUACUGCAUUCUACUGUAAUGGCGUGUGCGAGUAUAAACCGUUGGCCAGUUCUGGCGCAGGAGGCGGGGUUUCGUCAGGAUUUGGCUUAAAAAAAAAAAAAGGAGAUAAAGUAAAAAGCAUGUAGCUUUGAACGGGCAGGUUUGAAGGAACAGGUCAGUCCAAAACGCUAACAUGGCUAACAGCAUAUGGUGCAGGUAGUUGCCAGUCAUUGGUGCCCUGCUAGCUCCUGUUUGUUUUUAGCUACGUUAGCUUUUUUUUAGGUGGACCUUCACGUCUGACCAUGUCUGGGCAUGGUGGUAUGUAAUGGAGAGGUUUAGAAAAAGCAGGGUUGGGGAUCAAAAACAGAUGCUCGUUUUCUUUUUUAUCGCUUCAGUUUUAUUUCAUUUUCAUACCUUCUUUUCUGUUUGCAAAGGUCUUUGCUCCCUUCAUAUUGUACCACAGUAUUUUUCUGUUUUUCUUGUUUAGUUUACAGAGAUUUACACUUUAUUAAUCCUUUUAUGAGCGUUAAUGGCUCCCAACUAAAAGAAUGUGCAUUAUUUCUUUUCUGUUUCAUUUCCUCCGACCGUUUGCACUUUUUUUUUUUAAAUUGGUUAACUAAUGCUUCUUUUCUCCAUGUAGUCCUCCAUUCCAGAGGAGUUGCUUUGGCAUGCGAGUGUGAGCCAAGCCUCGAUGUGACCUGUGAAAAAACGUAUAUGAAUUGUUAUCUAAUGGAAUUGCUUUAGAUUGUACUGCUAAUCAAUGUAAAUUCACAAAUAAAAAGCUAUUUUAAGAAACAAA